AUGACGUCGACUGUGUUGCAGCAUGAUAGUCUCUACGCUACCAACAACCAGUUCCAAAAAGCUGGUCCAAAGGGAUUCAUCCAGGUGAAGAUUUUCGAGAAUGAUAAUCUGUAUGUGAGGGUUGACUUGCCCGGUGUUCCAGACGAUGCCGUUCGCUACAGAGUCGACGAAGUGAGGAAAAAGAUUGUUCUUUUCUCAGGCGAAACUAUCGCUAACAAGAUGGAAGGCGCUCGUGAAUACUCUGGAUCCGCUGGUCUUGGCUGUGACUGCUGCGAGAUCACCGGCGUGGAGGCCAAAAUGAAACAUGGAGUCUUAAGGAUGAUUGUCUCAAGGGUCAAGGUCAAAGACCAUGAGAACAAGUGUACUCUCACUGUGCCUCCUUUCACUGGUAAAUCAGGAAGAUACCUGGAGGAUCAUCCGUUUUUGGUGAAAGGUCGUAAGGGACCAUUCGUUGGAGAACCAAUAGCUAAAGGAGGUCUUUUCUUUUCAGUGGAUGUGCCAGGCGUUUGUGGUGAUGAUGUUGACGUGCUUGCUAAUGAGAAUGAGGUGAGAUUCUAUGCUGAGGUUAAGAACGUGUAUGAGCACGAUGAGAGUGGCCGUGUUUACCUGGGAAGCGUCAACCUUCGCACUUCCUCUUCUUCGACAUGUUGCCAAAGAAGCCAUGGAUAG